AUGAACUCGCAGAGUCAGAAUCUGUUCAAGCUAUGUCUUGAAAGCGAAACUUUACAGGCUAUGAAGAUGUAUCCUCGAGGAGCCCAAGCAGUAGUUGGAGACAUCAUCACCCUUGUUAAGGAACAUCUUGGCGACGGAAACUACCAAGUGUAUCCUUUUCCUGAAUCUCUCGAGGAACCUUUGUGCCAAUACGAAGCUCGCACAUCUCGAUUUGUCGUCUUUACCGUCCAUCGGGUCGAAGACAUCGACCAGGACCUACGCGUGGGGUUAAAUUCGGUCAUCGACGAUACGAUCGCGCACGAAAAUUGGGGCAAACUAGCGAUUCUUCUUGAAUAG